GAAAUAACAGAGUGAAGAAAAUGGGAGAAAGCACUACUGCCGACCAACGCAAAGUUGCGAUUAGCAUCAAGUCUCAGGAUGGAGACAAAAUGUUUUUCAGAGUUGCACGAGAUAAGAAAAUUCAAGAAUUGCUCAAAAUUUAUUGCAAGGGAAAGAAUUAUUUGUACCGUGAGGUAUCUUUCAUUCACAAUGGAGAUCGUAUCCAACCUAACCAAACUCUCUUUCAGCUUGGCAUUGAAGAUGGAGAUGAGAUAGCUGCAAUGCAACAUCAGAGUGGAGGUGGCAACCUAUCGGCCUUUGCGUGAAUUUAACCAACUAUCCUUAUUAGCAUGUUGUGACGCCAACUUCUUAUUAUUUAAUCGUGUUCCAAAAAGACUAGUAUGUUAUCUUUUAUGUCCAUUCGGAUAUUUUAUUGAAGAGAAUUAUUUAAGGACCCAUGCAUUUACUUCUCAA